GGGGCUGUCUCUUCCAUAUCAGGAGGGCGUGCUCUGGGAGCCACGCUUGUGGCGCUGAUGUGCUCUCUCUGCUGGUCCGAUGCCUCGACUUGGAGCGCGUCUGCUUCUAUCGCUGCUCCAUCAAACGUAUCACUGCUACCUUGUGAUUCUCGCUGCACUCGCCCUCUGCUCAAGUUUCUUGAAAAGGCUGUGGAGAGGCAAUGAAGAUGGAGGUGUGCUGGCAGGCCUGAAUCCCCAGGCACAGCUUCCUGGCAAGCGGCCGCUAGCUGUUGCUUUGAUUGUCAGUGAAUCAGAGGCGAGGGACUGCCUGAUAGAUCUACACCGAGUGCUGGCGUUGUGCCGGGAUGUGGGAGUGGAGCAUGUUGCAGUGUAUGAUGCCGCAGGCACGAUCAAGGCAGCAUGUCACCAUAUCCUGGCAGAGGUGCCACUGUCAGAGUCUCUUGGGGGGGGCAGAUCUAACCACAAGCAAGGGAGGGGAACUCAGAAUGGCUGGGGGAAUGGCUGCCAAACCGAAGUCCCUGACAAAAACCGAAGCCCUUGGACCGAUGGCGCUCCUCGGAAGAAUGGGGUGGUGAAGCGGAAAGAAUGGCGCCCCGAGCCAUCAGACGAAGUCCCAGUUGCAAGGUGUGGCGGUGAGUGUGGGUGCUCGGGACAGGCCACGGGCGGCCUUCAAGAAGGGGCGGGAUGCAGGCGGAACGGGUUCUUUGAAGGUUGCCGAGGCAUUCGGGAAGCAGAAGGUGAUGGAAAGUCGCUAGGGCAAAUGGAUGCAUUGGGAGAUGACUGGGCUAACUCGUAUGUGUUCGAGCGAGAACACAGUGCGUCUAUACACACGGAAAGUGCUUUGCAAGUGCAAGCUAGUGUUUCAAGGACACCCACUUCAGAUGCGACGUACAUCCCUACACAGGCCCCGCCCAGCCUGCCAGCGUCGUCAGAGGGUGUUAAUAGCAGAGCGCCUGCUCUUGAGAGCGUCAACAGUAGGCUGUGUGAACCAUGCCAGGCUGAGUUGCCCGGUCCGCGAGCAGGGACUGCACACAGUGAGCAGGAUACAGAGGGGGUUCAAGUAGGAUGCAGCAGAGAGUCUGUAAGUUACCAAACAGAGAGCUCAGAAUUGAGAAACAGGCACUUAGGAGUAGAUGCGACUAGGAAUGGCAGGAAGGUGAAGCACAGGCUAGACGAAGCUACAACAAGGCGCGAAAAAGCGGGCCGGAUUUACGGGGGGGGAGGAUUGCGACGGUUGGUCAAUGGCAUGCAGGGCCAGGGGGGAUCAACAGCGGGGAGCAACGGGGUCAGCUUGGCCCCAGGGCUUUGUGAGCCAAAGGUUCCUGUGCCUCGUUCGGAGCGGAAGAAUUCGAUGACGGUGGAUUUUCUGUCAGAAGCAGACGGCAAAGAUGCGCUUGGCCGCGCUGCAGAACGGAUAUGCUGGGAGGCAUGGCACGGAAGUCAUGGGCCAAAUGGGCCCGCAGAGAACGGGCAUGUCCUGCAAGCUGCUGACAAAGGAGGACAUGGAGCAGCCAGUGCGGAGGAUGGGGUCAGGCGGCUAGAAGAGGACGACAUUGACCGGGCUCUGGCGGCGACAGGCGGUGUGACCCGCGAGCCGGAGCUGGUCCUCGUGUUUGGCAAGGUGCUGACCCUUGCCGGCUUCCCCCCUUGGCUGCUGCGGAACAGCGAGAUAGUGCACGUCCCAUCUUUGCGAGGGAUAACAGCCACUUGCUUCACGAGAGCAAUAGAGGAUUUUGCACGGAGGACCCAGCGAUUCGGAAAGUGAAGGCGUUCCGUGUCUUAGGGGGGAUACGCUCGUUUUUGCGCGCAUGUAGCUCGUUGGUUCUUU